AUGGCGCCUUCAAACGAUCUGACCGACCGCGAUGCCCUCGCCGCAAGGUCUAUCCCAUCGAUGAUCCUCAGCGAUGGCAGCCCCGCUUCGAUGACCCCGCCCCCAACUUCAACAUCUGAAGCCGACCCUGCAGUUGGUGCUCAAAAGAGAUUCUCCGUUAGAGGAAAUGCCGUCGUCACUGGAGGUGCCGGCACGCUAGGUCUUCAAUCUUGCGAAGCUCUACUUGAACAUGGCCUUCAGGGCCUCAUGAUCUUCGAUGUCAAUCCCGCAAGCAGCGAAAAGGAGAUCGGAAGAUUGAGGUCGAAAUUUCCAAGCGCUAAGAUUUCCACCCAGAAAGUUGAUGUCACUGUCGAGGAUGCAGUUCGCGACGCAAUGGAAGAAACAGUUCGUCUACUUGGGUCAGUCGAUAUCCUUGUCUGCUUUGUCGGGGUCGUCGGUUGUGUCGAAACCCUUGAGAUGCCCGUCUCGCAAUGGCGAAAGAUCCUCGACAUUAAUACUACUGGAUCAUUUAUCUGUGCCCAAGCAGCUGCACGGGAGAUGGUCAAGCGAGGAACUGGAGGCUCAGUUACCUUUGUGGCAUCCAUUUCGGCACAUCGCGUGAAUUACCCACAGCCUCAGGUGGCAUACAAUGUUAGCAAGGCCGCACUUUUGAUGCUAAAAAGCUCACUUGCUGCAGAGUGGGCUCGGUAUGGCAUCAGAACCAACAGUGUGAGCCCGGGCUAUAUGGAUACAAUUUUGAAUGAAGGGAAGGGACUAGAUGCCCACAGGCGACUCUGGGCUGAGCGAAACCCAAGUGGGCGAAUGGGCAGCCCAUCUGAGCUGACAGGAGCAAUUGUGCUACUUGCUAGCUCCGCCGGGACUUAUAUGAAUGGGUCGGACAUUCUUGUUGAUGGAGGUGCAACUGUAUUUUAA